AUGCAUCGAUGCAGUUUGGCGGUGAUUCGCUGCGCGACGAGAGCGCCGAGAUAUUUGCGCUUCAAGACCUUCGCGCCGUCGACUAGCCUUAGUUUGCAGUUCACAAAUGUUCAGAAGCGAUUUUAUAGCAGCAACAAUAAUAAUAAUAAUGAUGAGCCGAUAAGUGCACAAGAGGAGAAUGCGUUGGAGAUCAUUUCCAAAGAUUUUACUGGAAUGUCAACAAUUCAAGUUCCCGCUGAGUACCCGAUUGUGCCGAUUUUGGCGAUCAAUCGAUAUCCAUUAUUUCCGGGAUUCAUCAAAAAAGUCGAUAUUGUGAAAGACGAGAACCUUAAAGCAUUAAUUCGCAAGCAGCUGAAACUCAAUCAGCCGUAUGCUGGAGUUUUCGUGAAGAAAGAUGAUGAAAAUAAGGCUGAAACUGUCUCGUCGCUGUCGGAGAUUUAUAAAACUGGCUCAUUCGUCCAGAUUAUCGAGGUUCGGGACCAGGGAAGUGUUAUGGAAUUGGUGCUCAGUGCUCACAGAAGAAUUCGAGUUUUGGAGCCGGUCGAUGAAUCUCAACAUGUUGCUCAAGUGAAUGCGACUCAAGGAGCAGCGCUGAAUGGAAGGCGGGCUAGAGGGAAACGAGCUGUUGGUGGUUUCCCUACACCACCGCCAUCUCCGCCACCAGUCGCACCCAGCACAGAAGCGGCAACAUCGUCGAAGCCGGACGAAGAAGCUUCGAAAGAUGAUAAGAAGAAGAUUGUCUUGGUCCGCACUGAAAAUGUGACGAGCGAGCCGGUUCAGAAGAAUAACGAGACGAAGGCGACGAUGAUGGCGAUUGUGCAGACGAUUCGAGAUGUCGUGCAGUUCAAUCAGCUAUUCGGACAACAAAUCAAUUUGCUAUUGCACCCAUCGCAGAAUGUCAUCGAUAAUCCGGUGUAUCUUUGCGAUCUCGUCGCCACAUUGGUGCAAUCGGCUGACACAAAAGAGCUUCAGGAAAUGAUGGACGAGCCGGAUGUUGUGAAACGGCUGAAUAUUGCGCUGCUGCUGAUUCAAAAAGAGAAGACUGUUGCGAAACUCAAGCAUGAUAUUAAUAAGGAUGUCGAGAAGAAGGUUCAGGAUCAUCAUCGAAAAUAUUUAUUGAAUGAGCAGCUGAAAGUGAUCAAGAAGGAGCUGGGAAUCGAGAAGGACGAGAAAUCGACGAUCAUCGAGAAAAUGGACGAGAGAGUGAAAUCGUUGCAAGUGCCUGAAUACGCGAUGAAAGUGAUCAAUGAGGAGAAGCAGAAGCUUCAAUUCCUCGAUCCCCAUUCGAGUGAAUUCAGUGUGACGAGGAACUAUCUCGACUGGCUGACUUCGGUUCCUUGGGGUUUGACCUCGGAGGAGAAUCGCCAUUUGGGCAAAGCCAAGAAGGCGUUGGAUGAGGGACAUUAUGGAAUGAAGGAUGUGAAGGAGAGGAUCCUUGAAUUCAUUGCUGUCAAUAUGUUGAAGCAGAAUAUUGGUGGUAAGAUCUUAUGCUUCCAUGGACCGCCGGGAGUCGGAAAGACAAGUAUCGCCAAAUCGAUUGCAGCAGCUUUGAAUAGACAGUAUUUCCGAUUCUCUGUUGGUGGAAUGACCGAUGUUGCGGAGAUCAAAGGACACCGAAGGACGUAUGUUGGAGCAAUGCCAGGAAAAAUGAUUCAGUGUCUGAAGAAGGUGAAAACUGAGAAUCCGCUUGUGUUGAUUGACGAGGUUGACAAGAUCGGUGGAGCUGGAUUCCAUGGAGAUCCGGCGUCGGCUUUGCUCGAAUUGCUUGAUCCUGAACAGAACGCCAACUUCAAUGAUCAUUUUCUUGAUGUUCCUGUGGAUUUGUCAAGAGUGCUGUUUAUUUGUACCGCAAAUGAGAUUGGCAAGAUUCCGGGACCAUUGAGAGAUCGAAUGGAGAUGAUCGAUGUUAGCGGAUAUCUGGCGGAGGAGAAGAUCGAGAUUGCCAAUCACUAUUUGAUCCCGCAGGCUCGGGAACACACAUCAUUGACGGAAAACCAACUUAAAAUUGAGCAAUCUGCUCUUGAGGAGCUCAUCAAGCAUUAUUGUAGGGAGUCGGGUGUGAGAAACUUGCAGCAGCAUAUUGAACGAGUGUUCCGAAAAGCGGCUCUUCAAAUCGCCGAGCAACAAUGCGACGAGGAGCCAGUGAAAGCGACGAGCGCUGUCGCGCAAAACACCACGGAAGCGGUUGAAACGGUGCCGACGCCAACCGAAUCAACCGUCGAGCAGAUUGUGGUCACCAAGGAGAAUCUGAAGAAGUUCGUCGGCAAGCCGAAAUUCACAUCGGAUCGUAUGUAUGAGGUGACGCCACCGGGUGUCAUUAUGGGUCUCGCGUGGACAUCGAUGGGCGGCUCGGCGUUGUACAUUGAAACGGUACUCAAAAGGCCGGUGGAUUUGAAGAGCGAAAAAGAUGGAACGGUGGAGACGACUGGUAAUCUUGGUGAUGUCAUGAAGGAGAGUGUGAGGACUGCGUUGACGGUUGCCAAGGGAAUGCUGGCCAAGAUCGAUCCGGAGAAUUUGUUCCUGGAAAAAGCGCACAUUCAUAUUCAUGUUCCUGAGGGAGCUACACCUAAAGACGGACCAUCGGCUGGAGUGACGCUGGUUUCCUCGCUGCUCUCGUUGGCGUUGAAUAGAAGCGUGUGCCAGGACAUGGCGAUGACCGGCGAGAUUUCAUUGACCGGCAAGGUGCUGCCGGUCGGCGGAAUUCGAGAGAAGAUUAUUGCGGCUCGCCGAGUUGGCGCAAAACGCGUGUUCUUGCCGUUCGAGAAUCAGCGAGACUUUGAAGAGCUGCCGGAUUUCAUGAAGACUGACAUUGAGGCGAUAUUCGUCAAACAUUAUGAAGAAUUGUACAAGAAUCUAUUCGAAUGA